AUGGCUGCUGAGAGAGCGAUGAGUUUACUAAAUGGGUUGGUCAAUGAGGCGGUGCUAGCACCAGUGAGAGAGGAGCUGGCCGCACGCAAGGAGGAGGUGAAUGAGCUGCGGCACAUGCUGACUGUUGCGGAGGAGAGGAACGAGGCAAUGGAGGCUGUGGUGAAGGAGAGGGAGAGAGAGCUGGCAGCAGUUAGGAGGGAGUUGGCUGAUCUCAAGGGUGCGAUGCUUGAGCAUCGGGAUGUGGCUGAGAGGAGAGACUCGGAUACGCGAGAGACGAGGGAGGAGUUUGUUGCAGUGAAGGGGGAGGUGGUUGAGCACAGGCAGUCAACUACUUUGCAGCUUGAGGAGGCUGAGAGGAGACGAGUGUUAGAGAUGAGAGGGCAGGAGGAGGAGAGGGAGAUGGGUGGGGUGAAGGAGAGGGUGAAGGGGGAGGUGAAGGGGGAGGUGAAGGGGGAGGUGAAGGGGGAGGUGGAGGGGGAGGUGGGUGAGGUGAUGGGGGAUGUGGCCGCACUGAAGGGGGAAGUGGGAUUGGUGAAGGGGGAGAUGGGUGAGGUGAACGGCGAGUUGAGUGAGGUGAAGGGAGAGGUGAGUGAGGUGAAGGGAGAGGUGAGUGAGGUGAAGGGUGAGAUGGGUGAGCACAACCAGUCCACUUCAUUACAGUUGGAGGAGGGUGAGAGCAGUCGAGUGGCCGAGAUGAGGGAGAUGAGAGGGCAGAUGGAGAAGAGGGAGAGGGAGCUGGCAGCAUUAAAGGGGGAACUGGAGGAGGGUGAGCAGGAAAGAGCAGCGGGUCUGAUUGAGCUGAGAAGACAGGUAAAGGAGAGGGAGAGGGAUCUGGCAGUAGUGAAGGGGGAGUUGGCAGCAGUGAAGGGCAAGAUGGCUGAAAUGAAGUAUGCUCGCAUGCAGUUGGAUGCUCGCAUGCAGUGGGAAAUGGAUGUUGACCUGCAAAUCAGGGAGAGUGAAGGCGAUGAGAAGACGGCAUGGCAGGUGCUGGCAUGGUGCAUGUGGGGAGGCUGA